AAUGAUGUGCCCCCACCUGUUCCUGAUUUGGUGCUAUCUGAGCUGAAUGACGAAGAAGCUGACGAGUUGUUAGCUUUAGGAGCGGAAGCAUUGAACUUUGUGCCAAUUGCUUCGAAUAGCAAAAGAGGUGGAGUCAGUGCAAGAGCGAGAGGUCGAGGCUCGAAAAGAGGACGAGGUUCAAAACAAACUGGAGCAUUUAAUGCCGCUAUCAGUCAUGAUGAUAUUAACAAGCGCUAUGACGAAAUGUUGGAGACAAAACUUAAAAGAGGUGUUAGGGAGGGUUCGGAACCUUGCAGCAGUGGUGGUGUGAAACACAUGAGUAUUCAUGGAAAGAAAACGUUGUCAAUUCGUGAACAGCAGGAAGCUCAAAUGAAAGUUUCUAUCAAAGAGAAAGUUGCUAUGAUGAAGAAGCUUGAAAAAUCGAAGGGCAGUUUACUGGAAACGUUGGAUGACAUUGAAGGCAAGGCAGAAACUCCGUUUGAGCUGAUUGUUUUACUCUGUGAAGCUAGAGGUAGAGAUCCUGAUGCAAUCGACAUGCUUGCUCUUGAAGAAUUAGGCAAUGCUGAACGAGAUGGCAGUACGAGGACUGCUGGGGUA